GGAAUAUGGCGGCGUCCAGGUGGAGGUCUUGAGGAAACUAAGUCGGGAUGGCGUUGGCGUCGGGGCCCGCGAGGCGUGCACUGGCUCGCCCUGGGCCGCUCGGUCUUGGGGGCUGCGGGACCCCGACACGCGGGGCGUACGAGUGGGGCGUGCGCUCCACGCGGAAGCCCGAGCCUCCUCCCCUGGACAGGGUGUACGAGAUCCCUGGACUGGAGCCCAUCACCUACGCUGGGAAGAUGCACUUCAUGCCCGGGCUGGCGCGGCCGGUCUUCCCACCCUGGGACCCUGGUUGGACGCACCCAAAGUUCCGCCGCCCAACCCCGAUUCACGAGCAGCCGCUGUACAAGGAUCGGGCCUGCUACGUCUUCCACCACCGUUGCCGCCUCCUCGAGGGUGUAAAGCAGGCCCUGUGGCUAACCAAGGCCAAAUUAAUAGAAGGCCUUCCCAAGAAAGUGCUUAGCCUUGUUGAUGAUCCAAAGAACCACAUAGAGAACCAAGAUGAACGCAUUCUGAAUGUGAUCUUUCACGCCCGUCUUUGGCACUCCACUGAAGACACCCCCAAGAGAGAGACCUACUGCCCAGUCAUUGUGGACAGUCUGAUACAGCUGUGUAAAUCCCAGAUUCUCAAGCAUCCCUCUCUGGCCAGGCGGAUCUGUGCCAAAAACUACACGUUAUCCACCACCUGGAAUCGAGAGUCUUUUCUCCUUCAGGUCCGUGGUUCUAGCGGAGCCCAACUGAAUACCAAGGAUCCGCUGCCCGCCAUCGCCUCCAAGGAGGAGGUUGAAGCUACUAAGAAUCAUGUUCUUGAGACUUUCUAUCCCAUAUCACCCACUAUUGAUCUUCAGGAAUGCAAUGUGUAUGAUGUGAAAGACAACACAGGAUUCCAGGAGGGCUAUCCUUACCCCUAUCCCCACACCUUAUAUUUCCUGGAGACAGCCAGUUUACGACCACACCGCCUUCAACCAGAUCACCUGCGGGCCAAGAUGAUCCUGUUUGCCUUUGGCAAUGCCCUGGCUCAGGCCCGGCGCCUCUAUGGGAGUGACACUAAAGUUUUGGAGCAGCCGGUAGUUGUGCAGAGCGUGGGCACCGAUGGACGUGUCUUCCAGUUCCUGGUGUUACAGCUGAACACCACAGACCUGGCCUCUAACGAGGGCGUCAAGAAUCUGGUCUGGGUGGACUCAGACCAGCUCCUCUAUCAGCAUUUUUGGUGUCGCCCAGUGAUCAAAAAGAAGGUGGUGGUGGAACCUGUUGGGCCGACUGGUUUCCAGCCAGAGACAUUCAGGAAGUUUUUAGCUCUGUAUUUGCAUGGUGCCGUGUGAGCCAAGGACCGCUCUGAGUCUGAAGCCCCCUUGCCCCUCCCGUGGAAGAUCCUGCAUCCAGGGCAGUGACUGCCCGGAGCCUGAGGGCUCCCUUGUCCCCUGGUCUGGAUGCCAAUAAAGAGCCCUUGAGAGGCACUGGAGCCUGUGCCCGGUGUGGGGUGCUGUCAGAAGGGUCGCCUGUGGCUGCGUGUAGGUGGCGUCCUGAGCAGGUGCUGUCCUGGCAGCCUGACUGCCUGACCUUAAGCUCAGCUCUGCCGUGGUCCAUUUUGACUUUAGAGAAGAGCCUUUGUCUCUUUGAGUUUCACCUUCUUCACCUGAAACUUGAGGAGAACGUGACCUCCUUGUUCUGAAGACUGUAGAUGGUGUGCACCUAGCAUCUGCCAUGUAAUAGGUGCUCUCUGACACUUGGGCGAUCUUACGGGACUCCUUGAAUUGUGGGCUCAUUCCAUAAUGACUGCGGGAAAUCUGAAGAGAGUAUUCAUUGUAGGUUUCUCCUUAGCAUCCGGGUUAAUGGAAUACAUCUGUGGUUCAGCUGGCCUCUGUUCACAUAGCAUCCAGGUCCUGCUCUGGGCCCGGCACCUUACACACCGCAUCCUAUUUACUCCUCACACCGCUCUUGCAAGGUCAGUGUUUCUGUAUUCACGAAAGAUGCUGGGUGCCUACCGUGUGCUGGGCCCUCAAAAUAAGGGACCUCAGAUAGUAUAAGGUCACCUAGGUCACACAGCUAGUGGUGUAGGUCACCGGGAAACUCAUCGAGACAAUCUGCAGGUGAGUUUGGGGAGGGCCUCAAGGACUAGCACCUUUGGGGAGUGGUGGCGGCAUUGCUGUGCAGAGGGCUCUGAGCCCGGUGACUGCACCUGAGGUCUCGGCCGGCUCCCGGUUCCGUGGGUGGCAAGGAGGUGAGCCUUUCUUCAGACGCCACCAGUCUGUCGCCAUGAUCGGCUGGCUAUACACCGCUCCCCUGCAUGGGAGAGACGGGUUGGGUAGCCUCCUUGGGCAGAGUGCAGUUCCCAAAGGGACUGGGCUGAGAGCUGUUCGCCACGGAAGCAGGUGGGCCUUCCCUGCUGCCUGCCAGAGGGCCUCUGGGGAGCGAGCUGGAGCAGCAUCACCGCCACCAGAGCUGGUAAAUGGCAAAGCGGGACGCCGGCCCUGUGUGUCUGGCCCCCAGGCUUGUACUCUGUCUGCUUCGCAGCUUGCCUUCUCGGCUUGGUGGGAUGGUGGCGACUGCUUUGAAGCCAGGCUGGGUGGGCCGAAGCCCCUGGAGUCCGGUGGGAGGCGGGGGUGGGGGCAAAGCCAGCCAACUCGGGCGUGGGAAGGAGGCUGCGAGUCAGCAGAGGCGAGGCCGCCAGUAGGUGACCUUGCAGCUCAAGGACCGCCCUGGGAGAAGCCGGUGCCGCAGGCCGGGCUGGGUGGCGGGCCCUCCUCACAACCCACCUUGAGUGAGCAGUCCUAGCGGCUGGCCUUGGUGUGUCCCCCGUGGAGCUCAGAGCUAAGCCCUGGGCGCCCACUGUGCUCUCAAGUCCCACGCACCUCAUGUGCAAGGUAAGGCAGGCGGGACUUGGUGGGUUUUAUCCUCCCUCUACAAAUGGGGAAACUGAGGCUCAGAGUAUGUAUAGUGUGAGGAGCUAGAAAGCUAUGUGAGGACAGCUGUCCUUUCCACAGAGAUGUAGCCACUUCUCCAAAUCUCAAAUGCCUGCUUCCCUCGGCCUCACCACCUGCAUCCAGGGUGGGCUUGCUGCCCAGAGUUAAGAGCCAGCCUGUCAACAGCAGCGCAGCCCCUUCUAGCUGUCACCCUCCCCCCGAAACACACGUGUGCGUCCAUGGGUUUCCUCAUCCCCAGCUGGGCCACCAUGGAAGACUAGGUCAGGACUGGGGACUGAGCCCUAAGGUUCCCCACUACAGACCUCUUCCGGGGGCAAUCCAGCCCAUUUUAUAAAUACCUGCUGUGUGCCUGGCCUCGUGCUGGGAACCAGAGACGCAGAAUGAGCCCUGGUCUCUGUUCUCCAGGAACUCCCAGUUUGCUGGCAGACACUGACAGCAGUUGGCCUCUGGAUCCACAGAAACAGGAAGUUGUGAAGGCCACCCACCUGGGCCCAUAGGUGACAGCAUGCAGGGGAAGGUGCAGGGGUGACUACUCAACAAACAUCCGGUUACUCCAUGAGAAACUGAGCGCCUGCUUGGCGAUUCUGGGGACACGGAACACUUGGAUGUCGGCUCCAGCUUUGAGGAGCCUAGCUGCUGGGGGCCACAGGCUGAGGGGUGGUGUGGGAAGGUGCUUGGUGUUCUUACCCUAUAAGCAGAGGUGUGCAGGGAGGUGCAAAGCAGGAUCCCACUGCAGGCUGGGCCCUUUCCUCCCUACCGGGGCACCCAUGAACUGGGUUCGCUUCCAGCCUGGCACCCCCAUACCGUGGCUCCCACCUGCCCGAGUCCUGCCUGGGAAUCCCAGGUGGCGGCAAGGGUAACGGGUGGCUGCUUGCUCAUCACCACCUCCUUUGCCCAGCACUGGGUUGGCACGUGGCAGAGGCUCCCUGCUGGUGGAACAGAAACUUCUUCAGAGCUCUGAGUGCAGGUCAGUCCCAGCCUGAGUAUCCUCUUCCAACGGUGAGGGCUGCCCAGUUGUUCAAAGGUGUCUGUGCUGAGGAAGAGCCUAGAAACCUGAUUCCAAGCUGAGGGAAGGGCAAAAUGCAAGCUUCUAGAUCCUCCCAUCACACCCAUUUGGACUCUGCACCUGCCCCAUAGGAGGAACAGUACCACUAACAGCUAACACUGCUGUUCGUACUACGUGCAAGGCAUGGUCUAAACCCUUCACAAGAGCCACCUCAUCCUCCCAACAACCUCAUGAGGUAGGUAAACCGUUAUCCCCGUUUAUAAAUGAGGUAAGCAGGGCACAGGUAGAAACUAACUCGCCCAUGUUCACAGUAAGUAGCGGUAAAGACAGGAUCGGAAAUUGGCAAUGUGUGUCUGGAAGGGUCAGACCAUGUAGAGAUGUACUGAGCUACGACACUUUCCCUCCCCUUCUGCGGGCCUGGAGCAAGGUCCCCAGAGCUCAAGGAAAGCAGAAAGUCCUACUUUCUAAAUGUUCAAAUGCCCCUGUCCCGCUGCUUACCUUGCCCCACCCAACCACCUUCCAGGAUGCAUUGGGGAAAGGCUAUUGUGAAAAUCCUCCAAGGGCUCCCCCUUGCCUUGGAGGGAAAACAACAAAAACACAAGACUGAAGCUCCGUGGGGCCCCCAGCCUAGGACCAGUGAAUCACUCCACCUGAGUGGGAAAGCCAGGUGUGGCUGCCACCCUCAGGGCCACAACUGGCACUGGCCAGUGCUGAUUCUCCUUGGAAAACACCAGGAAACUUUUCUACUCCCUGAAAAAUACAUUCUGGCAGUGCCCCCAAAUAUUUGACGUGACACUGAUGUCUCCCUUCCCAACCCACCUUCCCCAAAGGCCACUGCAACUGUGCACAGAAAAUGCAGAAUUCACAUGCCCAGGAAAACAGGGAGGACAACCUGAACACAAAACAAAAUCUUGUCAUGCACCGGGAACAGAAACUGUGCCCAAGCAGUCCACCUCACAUUUUGUAAUCAGUAUAAUAAUAAACUCCCACCCACGUUUGCCCCCAAACAUGUCAGGAAGGGCUGCGGAAAAAAGAUGUCCCUUUAAUAAAACGUUAUCAACAUAUAUCGUACACAAACUACAAUGUAUCAUAAUUACUUUUUUUUUCCUCUCUUAAUUCAGAACCAGACUACAAGGUAAGAAAAAACACAGAAACAGCUACAAUGUUCCCAAUAAUCCGCACAAGGUCUUUUUUCAGGCAGAUGGUAUCUCACAUAGUAUGAUAUACAUGGAUCAGGAAGGGGAGGGAGGAAAACAAACAGCAGCUACAGGGGAGCAGGGAGGAGGGGCUGUAAAUGUACAAAGAAUUCGGGUGUCUUCAGGGCAAGACACAGAGGUUCGAUGGGGGUAGUGAGGUGAGGGAGGCCAUGAGUCACCCCUCCUAGGAGGGGACAGGCUCCACUGUCGCAUUUGUCGGUUUUUGAAAAUAAAAACAGGACCGGAAACAGCACGUCUGUUUGGUUGUUGGUGUCCCCCGCCCCCCCAACAGCUAUUCCAAAGUCUUUCCAUCCAGUUCCAAGCGUAUACAGAGCAAUUCUGGUCAAUUCCCAUCUUUGAAAAAGAAGCAAGAAUCAAGAGAAAAAAAAAAAAAAAACCCAAAACAAAAGGAAACCCAAACUCCAGCCCUACAGUGCCCGCACACACGAGCACACACGACGAGGACGAUGCGAGCCAGGGCCACGGGGCGAGAACGCGGGGGUCACGGUUGCCAUGUCCCAGGUCAUAGCCAUCCUGUUGGGGGCGGCCUCCCCCACUGCGCUCCGUCCAGGCCACCACCCAGCUGGCAGGAUUCUCGCUGGGAAGACUGGGGUGGGGGCUGAGGAGAGGGCUGGAGCGGCAGGGAGGCCGGGCAGGGGAAGGUCCAGAAGAGAGAGAGGAGGAAGCAGUCCUGGGAACACAGUGCAUGCCACCGGGUCACAGCGAGUCUCCGCUGUGGCGGAGUCCUGAAAGCGGUCAGGUGGUCUGGCCCCUCGGGCCACAUACGGGAGGGGGUGGUUCUGGGGUCCCAGUUGUGCAGCUGCUGAGGCCACCUCGCCGGGAGAAACCAAGCGAAAACAAAACAGGUUCCCACCCCUUACUUGCCCAUCCGCACAAACCGAAAACCCCAAAUGGAGAAAGGGGACUUUCUUGUCUCUUUCCAAAAAAGGCCUUUUGAAAGAAACCACCGAUUGUAAACUGCCCAGUUUAUUAUUAUUAUUAUUAUUUUUAGAUGGCUACAAAGACAGCGUGAGAUCUCACACCUAGACUAGCUUUCCUGGUGGAAGGGCUUGGGUACAGACAGACAGCAGGGCUUUUUUUUUUUUUUUUUUUUGGUCCUUUUUUCUUUUUUUCUAUUUUUUUUUUUUUUUUUU